ACGCCCCCUACUCGCGCUCCUCGUGCUUGAAAGUUCACUUUUGAUUGUUCCCCAAUACAGCGUUGAGGUCUGGUAGAGCGCUAAUCAAAUCGCUGAAUAAAUCAGAGAAAGGGGGAGUGUUGCGGUAUACAGUGCAAAUCAUCCGCGAAGCCAAGAUGACCAAGCGAAAAGGAAAAAGCACCAAUAAACAGGACGACAGUUUGCUGCUCUUGGAGACGCCAUCUGUAACGCCGCCGAGGGGAUUUAAAGAAUAUGCAGUCCCUGCCAUUGUUUUCUUUAUUUUCGCUGUCGGGGGAUCAACGGCAGUCUGGUUCUGCAGCCAGCAGCAGCAAACCAUCGACAGUCUAACAGAGACAGUCAAUGCAAUGCAACUUAGGAUAACCAAGUUCCAACAGCAGUUGGGAAUGGGUAAUGCACAGAUUGCCAAUGUUGGUGUUUUUGAAGAGCGUCUACAAGCACUGGAAGAAGCCUACACACAGGCCCAAAAAAAGGCAGACGUUGCACUGGCCACUUCAGAAAAAAUCAAAUCUACUGAUCUUCAAAACCAAUUCUGGUCUCUUCAGUCUGAGAUGAAUGGCAAACUGUCUGAACUCCAGCAGGAAUCUGUUUCCACUGCAACGUUGAAUGCAGUGGUCAAGAAUAAGACUGAAGAGAUUGAAACACUGAAGCAGAGGCUUAAUUCUAUCCUUACUGCGAAAUCUGAGGUAGCUGUUACUAUUUCUGGGCUCACAGACACUGUUUUGGUCACCAAAUCACGUCUUGAUGAGCAGAUGUCCACUAUAGAGGGUCUCACAUCUGAGUUGGAGGAACAAAGAAUGGAACUUUCAAGCCUGAAGGAAUCCUAUAUCAGCAACAAGAAGGCUCUUGAAAGAAACAGAAAGCAAGUGAUGGAAAUCAAGGACCUCCUGGAGAUGGAACAGGCAAGAAGAUCCCAAGUUCUUGAGGAGCAGCUUAUGGCAGUCCAUAGGAGUCUGGAGGACCAUCAAAAGAGUACUCAUAGCCUACACUCUCACCUUGCUGCCCAAAUUGAGAUCGUCCAGAGUCAGAUGUUAUCUGAAAGUCAGCAGUCCAGUUCAGAGGAAAAUAUUCCAGUAGAAAAGCAGCAAGUGGAUCGAUCAGCAACUCAGGAGGAAGUUCCAAUCAAGGAUGAAGAAGUUGAAACAAAGGAACAAGCCAUUACCGAGGAGGAAAUGGUAGAGGAGGUUUAUGUUGAAGAAGGGGAGCGAGUGGUACCUGAGGAGGACGAGCCAGCUGAAGAUGUUCAGGUUCAUGAGGAAGAACCUGUUGAAAAGCAAGCCGAUGAGAAUAAAGUUCCUGAGGAAGCUGAAGUCGAAGAAGAUGGUGCUGAAGAGCAAGCAGUAACUGAGGAGAGUGAACAAGCUGAUGAGGUUCCAUUCCACCAGGAUAUUAUUGAGGAAGCAGUAACUCAACAGGAUGAAAUGCCUGAGGAGCUAUCAGCUGAGGAGGUUCAGGUCCUCGGGGGUGAAGAAUCUAUUGAGAAGCAAGUAGUAACUGAGGAGGAUGCGAUAACUGAGGAAGUUCAGGUCAAUGAUGGAGAUGUUAUUGAAGAGCAAGCAGUAACUGAGGGGGAUGAAAUAACUGAGGAGAUUCCAGAUCAAGAAGAAGAAGCUGUUCUUGCUGAGGAAGACCCAACUUCCGUGGAAGAAACAGGAACUGACAUAAGUAUGGCAGAGGCUGUUGAGAACUUCUCUGAAGAUCAGGUAGUUGAAGAUAUCAGUCAGGAGCAAAUGUCGCAGGACCCACUAGAAGAAACUGAGAAGCAGAAAGACUUGGAAGAAUUUGAAGAACACGUGCAAGACUCUGAUGAAGAAGAAGAACCUGCUGAGGAGAAUGAGGAAGAGCUAGAUGAAAAAGACAUUUCUACCAAUGAAAGUUAAAUUCCCGAGAGGAUGACGGUUCAAAAUAAAAGACUUUUUCUGAGGACUUGAAAUGAUCCCCAAUGAAUUAUGUGAUGCAUAGUAUUUCACAUUUGUUGAACUGUUCCUCAGUCUUACUUUGUAUACCCGAAAGUGAACUUUGAACCUAUAGUAGUGAGUUUUUCAAAUCCAAUGAUGAAUUUGUUUUUCUAGUGAUAUCUCUUAAAAUCUUGAAGUGCUCUGUUUACAUUGAAAUGUAGAGUGUUAAUAUUGUUGUACUAGGUUACACAUUUAAAGAAUUGCAGCGUUUUUCAUACAGCAGUUUGCCAGCUAAUAUCCUCAGGAGUGUCACUUGAAUAAAACAGCUUUUUAUCUUUUUUA